CAUUUUAAGGUGCCCGAAGGGAAAAAGCAACGGUUGGUUCUAUAUUGGAGUGGGAGAAGGGACCUUCUGACGUACCUAGGGGAGGAGACCCGUCACCAGGGGGUGGAGCUGCGGCCGAACAAGGUACCCGAAAAGUACCCUCGCGGGCUCGCUUCGCUCGCCACGCUUCGGGCACGGUGGCUCGCUUCGCUCGCCACCUAAUUACUAAAGGUAAUAGUUGGUGGUGUGGAUACUAGACCAACUGUACCGCUGGCGUAGCUCCUCCCCGUUGUGUCGUGGCUCCUCCCCCUGACGGAAAAGGUCCCUUAGGCCACUUGGAUCUAGCCUCUACCGAAAAAAACUGGGGAUCACAGUACCCAGUACGGUAAGCGAAUAUAGACACAACACAACCAAAGCAACAUGGGCGUUACAUGUGUAACACAGGUACCAUUAGCAGAAGGAAAAAGCGUGCAGCAGACUGUGGAACUCCUUACACGUAAGCUGGAGCAGCUAGGAGCGGAGAAGCAAGGAACAUUUUAUGUGGACUGUGAGACAUACCACACUGCAGGGGCCAAUGUGGGAGGCACAGGUACUUGCAAAGGUCAGUCUGGGAAGCUCCUUUAUAUCAUGCACAGUUCUGAACAUCCUCUCAGCACAUUUGCCCUAUUUGAGAAUGGUCCAUGCUUAGUCGCUGACCAAAACCUGGAUGUGCUUAUGAUUAAGUUAAAAGGAUUCUUCCAAAAUGCCAAAGCUAACAAGAUGGAGACGCGAGGCACACGUUACCAGUAUUGUGACUUCCUAGUGAAGAUUGGUACAGUCACUAUGGGACAAAGCGGCCGAGGAAUAUCUGUGGAGGUGGAUUACUGCCCUUGUGCAGUGCCAGGUGACUGCUGGAAUCUGAUGAUGGAGUUUAUGCAGAGUUUCAUGGGCACACAUGCACCAUCUGUUCCGCCUGUUUUCAGCUCCAAGCAUGAUGCACUGUACACACCUGCAGAUACAAUGGUGCAGUACAUGGAGCUACUUAACAAGAUCCGCAAGCAACAGCAGGGCACAGUGGCUGGAAUGAGGUUAUGAGAGGAUCACCUUUAACUACCUCGUUCAUUGUAAAACAUUUGAAACUGCUAUUCUGUUCAUCAUCUUCCCAAACCAUGAUGAUACAGAUGUUCUGCCGUACCAUCUAGGACUUUUUGGAUAUCAACAUCAGGGGGGAGAUUAAGUCUGCACUGAUUAUUGGAUGCACACAUUGUAAAUGUUAAGAUGUACAGCAAAUUUUGAGAAGAGUUGCUAGAAAUACUUCUUUACGCUGAAGAUAAUAAAUGUUAGCAACGUAAUAACUGCAUAUAAAUUGUGGUGUACAACACAAAAGAAACCAAGGUGAUUGUUAAUAUACAGUACCUAUAAUCUCUAUUAGGCGAGAUAUUCCAUAUACUAUAAAUUAUCUUUUCUAAUAAAUACUUUGAAAUAACAACUCACUGAUUACAGAUGAUAGUAUCAGAAGAAACAUAUUAAGGCUUUCCCUGGCUUAUCGCUUGCACCUCUAUGGGACACAAAAGAACAAGCAAGGUUUUCUUGCCCAGAUAGCACUACAUAGUAUUCAUGCAGUGGUACUUCCUGGCUAAUUGGAUCUUUCUCAGUGUUUCAACAUUAUUCAAUUCUUGAUGAAAAGGCUAAAUGAAUAGGCUGAUGCAGUUAACUUUAAUAAUUUAAGUAUUGUUUUUUUAUUAUUGUGCAAUUAAAUUAUGUUUUGGUCUGUUAA